AUGAGACAGUGGCAAAGUACGCUUUUCGGGUCAAGAAGUACGAAGAAGAACUGGGAAGAUGAGUAUGGCGACGAAGAUGAGGACAAGUUGUUUGAUCUUGAUUUCGAGAAGGACGAAGGUGCAGAUGAGGAUUCUAAGAGAAAAGCUCCUGCGCCUCCACCCGGCAAAGACUCAACGAAAUCCAAGACAACUCCGAUGCGGCGCACAUACGAAGUCGCCCUGCGAGGGAAGGAUGACAGCGGGCAGCUGCUCGAUGCUUGGCACUAUCAAUUGGGUACUAUCAAGUUCUGGAGCGAAAGGUUCUCUCGUUUUACAUGUGAUGUGGAGAUCCCUGGCGUUGGCAAUGGUCAUCCAUGGUUUACCGGAGGGAAGGUUUCCGAUACACCAGAUUCAUACAGAAAGGAAUGGGAUAGAUACACAGAUGAGGCAUUAGAGAGAGAAGAAUGGGAAAUGCGGAUGAAUGCCAGUCAAGGAUGGCGUUAA